CUGAGGGCUCAGACAGUCUAGGACUGCGGACCGAGUCACACGUGCGUGCGGAGCGAAUAUUUGUGGUGUUUCACACAUUUCUACUGGACUGUUUGUGCUACAACGUUGGAAUCGACAUAUCGUCAACAUGAUCCUCACGCUAAUAUGGGUGGUUGUCUUGAUAGCUACAGCCGUGUUGUUCCUAAGACAGGCUUAUGCAACAUUUGAUCGAUAUGAAAUCAAAUAUUUGAAGGCGGUUCCCAUUUUAUCUGACUUGAUCGCAAUAAUCAGACCUAAAGAACACAUUGGCCUUGAUCUCGCGAAAACUUACAACAGUUUUCCUAAUGAAAGGUUCGUGGGGAAACUUCAGUUUUUAAAAGAAGCAAUAUUAAUACGCGACCCGGAGCUAAUUAAGAAGAUGACGGUCAAAGACUAUGAGAACUUCCUCAACCAUCCUAACACUGCGCCUCCCGAAUCAUUCUUUAGCAAACUGUUAUUCUUUAUGAAAGGAGAGGAAUGGAAGGAAAUGCGUUCCACGUUGAGUCCAGCGUUCACGAGCUCCAAGAUACGGCUGAUGGUGCCUUUCAUGGAGGAGGUCGGUGAUCAAAUGAUUCAGUCUCUCAAGAAGAAUAUAGAAAAUUCAAAAGAUGGCUACAUAGAUAUUGAAUGCAAGGAUCUCACAACACGUUACGCCAAUGAUGUGAUAGCAACCUGUGCCUUUGGUCUGAAGGUGGACUCUCAUAAUGAUGAAAACAACCAGUUUUACUUAAUGGGAAAGAUACUUAGCGGAAUCAGUUUUGCCAAGAUUCUGUUGUACAUGAUUCUCGUUAACGUGCCUUAUGUCAUGGAGAUUUUAGAUUGGGAUUUCAUACCGAAGUCAGCCCAGAAAUAUUUCAAAACUUUGGUACUGGAAACAAUGAAAAAUCGGGAGUUACAGAAUAUUGUAAGGCCAGAUAUGAUUCACUUACUAAUGGAAGCUAAAAAAGGUAAAUUGAAAUACGAUGAUGAUAAAUCAACUGAUGACGGAGCUGGGUUUGCGACUGUUGAAGAAUCUGCGGUCGGAAAAAAGUCACUUACUAAUAAAGUUUGGACCGACGAGGAUUUGGUGGCUCAAGCAUUCAUAUUCUUUGUUGCUGGCUUCGAAUCGGUUUCAUCGAGUAUGUCGUUCUUACUGCACGAGCUGGCAUUGAACCCUGAUGUGCAGGAACGUUUGGUGCAGGAGAUCAGAGAACAUGAUGAGAAGCAUGGUGGAAAGGUGGACUUCAGUUCCAUACAGAGCUUGAAGUACUUGGAUAUGGUUGUGUCAGAGGUAUUAAGAUUGUGGCCACCAUUUGUAAUUAUUGACAGAGAAUGUACAAGAGAUUACAAUCUGGGGAAGCCCAACGAUUCAGCGGCACGCGAAUUUGUUGUACGAAAAGGUGCAGAAUUGUGGAUACCAACGUAUGCUUUACACCGUGAUUCUCAGUAUUUCCCGGACCCUGAAAAGUUCGAUCCUGAGCGUUUUUCUGAAGAGAAUAGACACAAAAUUAAACCAUUUACAUACAUGCCUUUUGGUUCUGGACCUCGGAACUGUAUCGGGUCAAGAUUUGCUCUCUGUGAGAUGAAGGUGAUGGCCUACCAGCUUCUGAGUUACAUAGAGCUGUCUCCAUGUCAGAAGACUUGCAUCCCUGCCAAACUAGCCACGGAUAGUUUCAACUUAAAGCUGGAAGGUGGACAUUGGUUAAGGUUUAGGCUAAGAAAAUAAAAGUGUCAUUGUGUCAUACUACCUAAAUACAAGGUUUUCAUUUUUUUUGUAUUUACCAAACAUGUUGUGACUGCCAUGUGUAUGGCAAAAUACUUCUAUCACCACCGCUCUUUUUCGCAUCAUUAUCAGCCUGAUUCCGUCCGCUGCUGGACGUAGGCCUCUCCAAUUACACGCCUGUCGGUUCGGUGUUAAGCUCUUGUCAUCCAACCACUGCCAGCCACCCUGCGGAUAUCGUCAGUCCACCUAGUUAGAGUCUGCCCUAUACUACAUUUGCCUAGACGUGAUCUCCACUAUAGAACACAAACAUCUGCUACAUAGACAGCAGAAAUUGUCAUGAGUAUGUCUGAUGAUGUAAAAAGAUUUUGUUAAGUAUGAGACUGCUGGAAGGAUAACCAGGUUUAGAACUUAACAAAUUGAAAUUAAAUAUCGAUGCUAGAUAAGUUAUUUUAGUAGUAACAUAGAAAUUAUAUUAAGUGUAGGUUACCUAUUUUAAUGUGCAUUUAAAAAAUAAUUGUUUACAAUAUUUUAGUAUGUAGCUAAUUGAAUGUUCUUAAUAAAAUGUUUC